AUGACGGAUUUAUAUGCCAUCAUUUCUAAAUCUCAAGUUCACCAGUUUGUUCAACUUGCCCACGAUACUGAACAAACUAACCACCAGAUUCUGGGAAAUUUAUUUGACUGGGACGUUGUCAAGGUUGAUAAACAAACCACCGUCACUGAAUUAGUUGUCAAUCUGUUUGACCCUACUAAGGUGGGGUACUUCACUAUGAAUCAUAUUCUCCCCUAUGCCGACUUCUCCAGUGGUAAUCUUAGUAUUCAAGUGUUGACAGAAGCCAAGAAGAUGUGGGCUGAAGAUAACAAAGCAAAAGAAAUACGAUAUUCAAAGAUGAAUUAUUUAGAAUUACUGGAGUAUGAGAUUACUGCCCCCAAUACCAACAAAGAUCAGGUUAAAACAAAGUUAUUGUUUAGCGAACUAUGCCUACGCAAGAUUAUUAAUCUUAGUCAACUGGUUGUACUUGCUCACAACCUGACAUUUUUGGAUGAUAUGAUUAACGGCCAGAUGAUUGUGGUCCUCAAGAGCAUCAUGACAUUUGUCUCCAUGGUUCAAGGGAAAGCUGAUGUAACAACUGUCGAGCUAGUUGAGUGUCAGAAAAUGAUGAUUGUUGCAGCUGCACGUAUUAACAGAAGUGAGCCUCUUUUUAAGCGCAUUGAUUUCCUGUUUCAAAAAAAACACUUGAUUCUUAUGGACUUGUUUCAAUCAAAAGUCUUGGAGCUUAAAAAUGUAUGUGGCAGUAGCCCUUUAAUUUUGGAGGAAGACAUGUUGCUUGAAGACAUGCUUGUGACGAUGAAAAGGCAUGCAUUGCAUGUUGAACUCCGAAACUACAUAUUGGUACACAUUAAUGCUGCAGUAGCGGUUCUUUUGGGCUGCAAAAAGGAAAUUAAGGUAGAUCCAAGACUUGUUGUGAAAAACCAGUACGAGAGUCCAAUGCUUAGUCUUCUUAUCGAAAAGAUUGAGCAAUCGACGAGUAAGAAGUUGGUGCCGUCUAAGGAGUUUGAGGAAGUGGAAUUGCCCUCAGGCUUUUGGGAUAUGUGCAAAGAUCUCCCAGAAGACUUAAUUUUGAAUGAAGAAACUCAUAAUCCUAUCAUUUCCACAGUUCCCUCGGUUACCUUUGACGAGGUUGUUAAUGCUGCCGAUGAAUUAUGCAAUGACCCCAAAGCAGAACUUCGGGCAUUUUUGAGAUGCUAUGAAAUUAUGGAGAUGACUGAUUUGUUCCCUAUUGCAAAGGUUAAUGAACCUGAUUCCGGAGCCAUUGCUGAGAUUAAGGAGAGUCUGUCGGAGUUUGCAGUCGAAUUGACCUGCGUAUCUAAAAGGAAUGGAGAUUAUUCUGGAAAUGUUUUAGAUCUGGCGGUGAUUCAAAACAACAGCAUUAAUGGUGCCUUACUUUUGUACAUGUCCUUUUACUUGCCUGAGGCCUUGGAUCUAUGGACUCGUACCACAGAUCCCUUGAAGUUGAGACCAUUCCCUGUUGACGUUAGUGGCGACGAAUCUAGCAUAGUUCCCACACCACCACAUGUUGAAUUGAAUCUUGAAUUGAGAAAAGCUGGGUUAAUUGCAAUUAAAAAUUUCAGUUUGUUGACUCAAAGAGAGCAGGUGAAUUUGUGUCUCAAGGAGGAUGCUCAAAUUUUGAGUGACGAGCUGGAAAUUCCACAACUACCUUCACAGCAAUCAUUACAGUCUCAAUCUCAAUCUCAAUCUCAGAUUCAGGUUCAAUCUCAGGCCCAACCUCAAAUUCAGACCCAUGCCCAUGCCCAAUUUCAGGUUCAACUGCCUUCUGGACCAAUUGCCAAUUUGCAAGGAUUUCCACAAUCACAGCUGACCCCACAACAUACCCCACAGCCGGCACCCCAGUCAUUUCUCUUUCAAGCUCCACAAAUGCAGUCAACUGUCCAACCAGUUUCUUUUCAGCUGACACCUCAGUUUCAACCAACCCCACAACCUGUUUUUGGAUCGCAACCAAUUCCGCAACAAGCUCCACAACAGCAACAAACCUUUCAGCCUGUACCAUAUGCAUUCCAACAACAAUUUGCACAACCUAUUUUACAGCUUACUCCCCAGUCUUUUGUGCAACCGAUUGCUCAAGGGUACCCGCAGUCAGUGCCACUGUUUGUUCAGCAGCCGAUUCAACAGCCAAUGCAACAACCAGUGCCACAGUUUAUUCAACAGCAUCAACCAAUUGCUCAACCACAGCCACUUCCUGAACUAGUUCCUUUCACACAACGACUUCCUCCGUCUCCACCUAUACAGCAAUGGUUUCCCCAACCACAUUCACAGCCGCAGCCGCAGCCACAGCCGCAGCCACAACCACAACCACAACCACAACCACAACCACAACCACAACCACAACCACAACCACAACCACAACCACAACCACAACCACAACCACAACCACAACCACAACCACAACCACAACCACAACCACAACCACAACCACAACCACAACCACAACCACAGUACUCGGGAUACUCAAAAACUGCCAAACCUCCACCACCCAUGAUUAGGUUUGCACCGCUCAGCGGUCCGAUUCCCAAGCGGCGGCUAGGUGUUUUACUUGAUCCUCGCCCUGAGACAUCUUCAUCAUCAUCUGCUUCUUCUUCAUUAUCGUCGUCGUCAAAGAGCGGGAUCAAGCACUAUAUGCACAAUUACAUGACUGAUGAGGAGCGUGCUGCCCAAAAGGCCGCGCAGGAGACUGCGCAGCGUAAAUUGGAAGAGCAAAUUGCAGAGAUGAAUGCUGGACAACGAGAACAUGCGGCACAACAGGCGGAGCAGAUUGCACAGAUUGAAAAAACAGUGCGUGAGCGUGACGAGGAACGUGAGGCAGCAUUUGCUCAAGCUCGGGAAGAACGUCAGAUGCGGCUACAAGCUAAGCGUGCAGAGCGUGCAGAGCGUGGGGAAGAGUUGCGCCGAGUGCGGAGCGAAGAUUAUCGUAAGCGCUGCAAUAGUAUGGCGGCGAAUAAUGGGCGGGCCAAGUCAUUGUCACCUAAACAUGCAAAGUUGAUUGGGAAGUCUUGUGGUGUGUCGAAGGGGACUGGGCAUCAGCAGCAAAACAGUGGAUCAAUUGAUUGUUUGACAGAAGAGGCGCUUGAGGAAGUGCUUAUGGAGGUUGAUGCUUCUGUUGGCCAUGCCAGUUCUAGUAAGCCUCGGGUAUCAUUUUAUUUAGGAGAAGAAGAAGAGAAGGCUGAGACUAGUGGUGGUUUGGAAAUUGUUGAUGCUGAGAAGAAGGAGGAAAGUUUGCCUUCAGCUGGGAUUGAUUUGGUGGAUUUUGAGUUUGUUGGAAUAGAAUCACAGCUUGGAGAAAAUUGUGAAGCUCUUGAUGAUUUGUUUGAUGGUUUUCUUAUUUAA